UUCGGGUGCGGGAGUGUUGAGUUUAGGGUACCCUAUUUAGAAACAAUUAAUUUUUGGACAUCAGAAACCACUCCUAAUGUUCUGAACUAUGCGUCACAAAUUUUGCCUCAGGCAUUUGUUCCAACAUGGACAAAGUGCCAAAAGCAGUCGCUGACUGUUUCCUCUUUUGGCGGCAUAAUGAAAAUUUUUAGUGGAUGGGCAAUGACAGCUUUGGGGGAAGAAGAGGAAGUUUUAAGAUAAGCAAUAAAGAUGCUCCAAUUUUAUUGCAAUUCAAAUGAGUUUUAAAAUUAGAAAAAAAGGAAGAAGAUGAAUAAAAGAAACAGCAAGAAAAUGCAAUUUUAAAAGUACAUAUUUUCCGGAAGGUUGUAAAAUGAAAGGAAUUAAUAUAUUUCUAUAUUUUCCGGAAGUCAGAAAGGUUUGAGAUAUUUCCGGAAACUAAGGAGGUGGAGAGAUUUUUCCGGAAAGUUAGAGAGGUUUAGACAUUUUUCCGGAAGUAUUUUGGAAGCUAGAAAGGAUGAGAGAAUUUUCCGGAAGGUUAGAGAGGUUAGAGAUAAUUUCCGGAAAGGGUUUUUUUCCGGAAAGUUCCGGAAAGUUAGAGAUAUUUUUCAGUAAGUUAGGACUGAGAUAUUUUCCGGAUGUUAGAAAGAUUGAGAUAUUUUUGUGGGAAAUAUUUUUCCGGAAGUUAGAAAGGCUAAAAUAUUUUUCCGGAAAGUCUGAUUAUUAG